CCUCACUUUAGCCAUCGUCAUAACCACCGACGCCGCCUCUUUCUACGGUCAGCUCCUUAUAAUCAAAACCAAAGCAUAAUUAAAAAGAAAAAAAAAAUCCAAUCUCUAUAGAGCUAGCUCUAGUAAAAGGAAAAAAAAUCUUCCUUCAAUGGAAGAUUUCAGAUCCAAGUCAACCAAUGAAGGCAGAAUGCAAAUCCAAACCUACCAAGGACCAACUUCAUCAUCAUCAUCAGGUGUGAACUCCAUGCAAGAUCUUAGGUGUUACAGUGCAUCCUAUGCAUCCUCUGUACACCCAACACAAACCCAGAUGGGAACCACUGAUUUAAAGUUCAAGAAAGGAAAAUCUACAAAUGGGUCAGUCUCUAAAAGCUGGAGCUUCAGUGAUCCUGAGCUGCAGAGGAAAAAAAGAGUGGCUAGCUACAAGGUUUACACUGUUGAAGGCAAAGUUAAAGGGUCUUUUAAGAAGAGUUUCAGGUGGCUUAAGGACAGGUAUACUAGAGUUGCUUAUGGUUGGUGGUGAAUUUUGUUUUGAUUGUUGUGUUGGAAUUUUAAUGUUGAUUUUACUUGUUCUUAAAUUUUAUACCUUGUGUUAUAUGUUGCUUUUGUUUUUUUUUUUUAAGUUAUGGUCUGUACUGCUGUGUUUUAAUUGUAUCAUAAUUUUAAUAGUUUGAAAGUUCUUAAAUUGGAUUGGAUAAUCAUAAAUGGGUAAUUGAUUUGUGUA